CUUGGAACUGGUUAAAGAAGUCCGCAUCUAGGAGCUUCUCCUGGUAAGUGCCUGGUCCUUCAAAGCCCGCAUCCGCGCUGUCGUCGUAGUCCGCAAGCACACUGUCAGCGUCGUCUACGGCGACACUCUUAAUGGGUUCUUUGCCCUUCGGCUGCAUUUGACGUUGCUUAUCUGAAGGUGUUUUACCUAUUUUUCUUUGGCUUUGUGUGCACUUCUUCUUGGGCCUUAGGAGUUAUAAGGCAAUACGCUUAAGUCAUAAACGUACAAAAACCUCUUACUGUUACUAGCCGCGUCCGGGCUGGGCUUCCAUUAGUUCCAUUCCUAGUGGUGGCCCCGAAACCCUGGAAAACGCUUAUUCCGCAAGGUUGUGCUCACGCUUUCGCCGAGGAACGUCGAACAGUUUGACGAAUUCGCGCUUAUGUAUAGGAAAAAUGGCUGGUCUUAACGGGCUGGUCGGCGACGGAAGGCUUGCGAGCGCAUGCUUACCUCACGAGCGCGGGCCCACACAGGCGCAAGCGACUCGAUGCGUGCUUUCAAGGCUUGCGCCAGCUCAUCCGCCAAGUACUAUAGUUGGUCACAACAUAAGCAAUUGGAGGCUUCCUAGCACAAGAAUAGGUCUCCAUGGCGCCUGCUUGAGCCCCAGCAGCACGUGCUCCACUGGCAUUGGCCGGCCCUCACAUGCACUGCUCCUGCCAGUCAGGAAAGUCGCAUAUCGCUUACCCAUUUCCUCAAACACAAACACAUCUACUGCUGAUGUCCAUUUGGUUGCCGCAAGUUCUACCAGCGCUAAUGUUCAGACCAAUAGUGGCGGUGUUGGUGUGAUGGGCAAUGGCGGAGACGACUGGCGCCAAGAUGUAUCAGCGGCACUGGCACAGGCCGUGGGCUUUGCCGAGGUCACUAUACGUGCCAAGGUUGCCACAGCUCAGCCCUGGCACACCAUCACAGUCCGUCCCGUGUCCCUGCGGGGCUCCAGGCAUCUGCAGGUGACGACCUUCACGGCUCGUCAGAGCACCUCCACCAACCACCCGGCGCCCCAAAGUGACGUGGCGGCGGUUGAGACCGUUGUACGACCGUUACUGGAAACCGCCGGACUGGGCAGUGUUGUCGUACGCACUGCCGCACACGACAUGACGGUUCAGGUUACCAAGCGAGGCAAGGGCAUCGUGCAUCGCAGCGCGCCACAGAGCCGCCCUGCCCCGGUCAGCAUGGACCCAAACAGCAGCAGCAGCAGCAACCCCCCACUCGCCGUUCCCCAGCCGCACAACCGCGUGAAAGAGCUGCCCAUCCCCGCCGACCAGCCGCACCCCUUCCUGCAGAAGAUUGGCUUCCAAACCGCUGACGGCCGCAUACGUGCCAACAUGCAGGACAAGUUCAGUCAGGUGAACGAGUUCCUGAAGCUGUUGGGCCACACCGGGCUGGUACGGCAGCUGCGUGCGGCAGCAGCCGACAGGCAGGAAGCAGCGCAGCUACAACAGGAAGCAGCACAGCAGGCGGAUGCAGGACAGCAGCAGCAACGACAAAAACCAACGGGACAGCAGCAGCGACCCCCUCCCUCAGCACCCUCUUCCUCCUCGCCACCGGCAGCACUGCCGCCAUCCAGCACCAGCACCACCACCACAACAACAACUACAACUACACCCUCCCAGUCUGCGCCCCUGCACAUUCUGGAUUGCGGCUGCGGCUCCUCCCACCUCUCCUUCGGUGUCUACCACUACCUGAACCACGUGUUGGGUGUACCCGCCACGCUGGGCGGUGUGGAUGUCAACGGGGGACUCAUGCGGCGAGCCAACGACAACGCGGCGCAGCUGGGGCUGGUGGGGGUGCGCUUCGACACGGCGCCCAUCGGCGAGUACAGUCCCCCAGUUCGUCCAGACAUCGUGUUGGCGUUGCACGCUUGCGACACCGCAACGGAUGAUGCCCUGGCGUUGGCGGUGAAGCAGGCCUCCCCCCUCAUCCUGGCAGUUCCCUGCUGCCAUGCACACCUGCACAAGCAGCUGUCGGGUCGCCCCCCCGCCUCCCUGCCCACCCCAUGGGGCCCCCUGCUGGGUCACGGCAUCCUGCGGCAGCGGCAGUUAGACCUGCUAACCGACACCCUGCGGGCACAGCUGCUCAGAGUAGCGGGCUACCGAACGGACGUGGUGGAAUUUGUAUCGUCGGAGCACACGCCCCGAAACCUUUUGAUCCGGGCGGUACGGCAACAGCAACAACAGGACCAGCUGUCAGAAUCCGGAUCCGCCGACUCUGACAGCAGCAGCGUCGACGUCAGCGCUGACGCUGACAGUAGUAGCAGCAGCACGGACGUGCAAGCGCAAGGGUGCUUUGUUUUUGCGGACGGGGACUUGCCCAGUCCACAGGAACACCAGCAGCAGCAACAACGGCAACAACGGCAGCAGCGGCAACAGCGGCAGGGGCAUCACCAGCAGCAGCAGCAGCAGCGGUUGUGGCGCCAGCAGGUUUCAGCAGCGCGAGAGUACCUAGCGUUGCGGGACUACUGGGGCGUGACUCCACGACUUGAGGUUCUACUCGCGCAAGAGCUGGCACCCGUGCUGUUAGAAGCGGCGCGGACAGCUGAUGUCGCCGGUACGACAUCUGAUGUGGUGACGUAGCAGGUGGAGAUCCUGGUGAAGUAAUGGUGGCGGCUCCCAGGAGCACUGCUGUACGGCAGCUGUACUUGGGGCUGGGGGCGUCGACGGUGGCGCCUUCGGGGUGUGCGGGUGGUCUUGUGAGCGCACGGGUUAGUUGGUUGGUUGUUUGAGAGCAUCAGGAGGAGCGAGGCUAAGCUUGUCGGCGUUAGCAGAAUAGGUGGUUAGCAGAGUUGUUGGAGGGCGCAAGGCCGCCGUCUGAUUACUGUGGAGUUAACAGAACACACUUCACGAGAUCUUGACUGAGUUGGCGGAGCUCGCAUGGUUGGAGGAUUAUUGGAUCACUAAAUGUAACGGAGGAGUUGCCUG